CGUCACGGCACGCAACCUCCCCUAGUCUUCCUCGCUCUCGUCGCGUCGCGCCGCUCCACAGCCUGCGCCUCCACCCCUUCCCUCUUCCCCUCACCUUCUCCCCACCACCGGUCCGCGUCACGACGCCGCCGGCAUGGAGGCCUGGGCUCGGGCAACCGCCGCGGUGUCGGGUUCGUCGGGGAGGUCUCUGGGGAACGCGCGACGGGCUUGACCUCUCCCGGCUCCCCGCCCUCGCCCGCGACGAUGAGGACCAGGUUGCGCUGCGCCUCCAAUCCCAGCUCAUGGUCGCGCUGGACAUGCCCCCACGACGCCGUCUGCGUCGGUCUGAAGCUCGCGGAGGAUGGGGACGAGGUCGGGUGAAGAUUCGACGGCCACACGGUGGGAAAGCAAUGGCGGCGGCUUCACCGAUCUGCGGGAUGGCAAACAGUUUUUUGUGGAUCACCCUGGAGCAGUUCCUAUUUCCACCGCUCAGGAUGAAGAGCUGAAGAAGGUAAUUGGCAGGAUGACCUACGUAGAGUGCAGCUCAAAAACACAGCAGAAUAUCAAGGUGAUGUUUGAUGCAGCGAUUAAGGUGGUUCCAGCCAUUGAAGCAGAAGCAGAAGAAGUGGAAGGCGCAGAAAGUAUGCACGGACAGACCAAUGGUGGAGGCUCGAGGGACGGAGUGCCGCCGCCGCCGCCAUCCUCACCCCUGAGCCCAAACUUCCAAUUUGAUAGAUGGGAGGGUCUGCAGAAGAAGAGCCUGGAAGAGAGCAUUCAAGCAAGGUUCCCCCAACGUGAAUUCUCUUGUAGGAUUGGGUCUGCAGCUGCAUUGCUAUUAGUGCAAUUUUCUUGUAUGAAGGUUUCCUUGCUGAACCCUGAAUUGGCAUGGAAUUCAACCUUCUUCAAAGAACCGGUCAUGCUUCCUGAAUUUGUAAUUCUGGGCGGAUCUCCCGAGGAAAGUGCUCGGCUUAAGGCAUCUAGCAAUAUGAAUGAGCUCAUUUCACUCUUAUCUCCUCAGUCGAGGCUAGUCGUUACAUCAUCCGGCGAUGAUCUUCCUUCAGAUGGCACUUUGAAUUCGGAUGCAAUAACAGUUCAAGUUCUUGUCAAUGAUGUCCAUGUUGGAGACUCAGUAUUGGUUAUUGAGUCAUUAGAAAGGAUAGUUGAUGAUUCUGACUUUGAACAUGGUACCCAUCAUCAUAUUGAAGUAUGUUGGUGGUUGGUACCAAUCAUUUUUUGUGAUAGAAGCUUGGCAUGCGUUUUGUCAACUGUUGAAGAAGAGAAGAUUGUCCUAGGCGACUGCAAGUUUUUCAAAUCUACCUUCUACUAGGGUUGUCCUGGAUGGUCUACUGUUGAAGAAGACAUUUGUCUAAUCAAGGAUCAGACUAGACCGGCGGACGUGCAUAAGCAAGAUAAGUGCGCACAUGAACACUUAGGAGGCGUGCCAAUGGCACGCCCCAGCCAUUAGUCCUCUUCAAAGAGGGCAUCAUCGAGACAGCACGCAGGUGAUCGGCGGCUUGUAGAAGUUGGGUGGAGAUACAAAAAUAUCUGUGUCAAAACACAGCCACAUGCAACCAGACAGAGCAGAUCCAACUCUAUUGAGAAUUACGAAGAAAAACUAGACAUAGUUGACGCCACUCACCCAAAGCAUUUGGGUACCCGAACUCGGUACUCGAACCAACCAGGAACCAAAUUACCGAAUUGUUUGUUAAUUCGGUUAUCGGUCUUAGGUUCGGUUUUCAUUUCCUGCGUAUUCACAUAGUAACUGAUAUUUCAA